AUGAGUAAGGCGGAGGCUGGUGUGGGCGUGGAGGCUGGUGUGGGCGUGGAGGCUACUGUGGGCGUGGAGGCUGGUGUGGGCGUGGAGGCUGGUGUGGGCGUGGAGCCUGCUGUGGGCGUGGAGACUACUGUGGGCGUGGAGACUACUGUGGGCGUGGAGGCUACUGUGGGCGUGGAGGCUACUGUGGGCGUGGAGGCUACUGUGGGCGUGGAGACUACUGUGGGCGUGGAGGCUAUACCAUUGGCCGGCCAUAGGCUAUACUCUAGGGCAGAGAAACAAAUGGAGGCGGCCUUAAUUGCUAAGGAUGUGGAGGGCGGGCGGUGCCCCCCUAGGGCCGACCUUAGGGCACCAAGCCCCCCGCCCUCUCGGCCUCCAAGACCCCGCCCUGUCGGCCUCCAAGGUCCCGCCCUGUUGGCCUCCAAGGCCCCCGCCCUGUCGGCCUCCAAGGCCCCCGCCCUGUCGGCCUCCAAGGCCCCCGCCCUGUCGGCCUCCAAGGCCCCCGCCCUGUCGGCCUCCAAGGCCCCCGCCCUGUCGGCCUCCAAGGCCCCCGCCCUGUCGUCCUCCAAGGCCCAGCCCUGUCGGCCUCCAAGGCCCCCGCCCUGUCGGCCUCCAAGGCCCCGCCCUGUCGGCCUCCAAGGCCCCCGCCCUGUCGGCCUCCAAGACCCAGCCCUGUCGCCCUCCAAGGCCCAGCCCUGUCGGCCUCCAAGGCCUCCACAUGACAAACACGAUAACCGCUCCCCAAACGGUGGACAAGUGGCCUUGAUGGCCUCCGUGAACCAGCCUACAUAA